AUGGCGAGCCACAACACGCUGUCCCCCGACACCCUCGAGGUGGCCGCCGCCGCCGGCUCCGGCUCCGGGCCGUCGUCCUCCCGCGGGCGGUCCCUGAGCAACGCCGACACCGUCACCAUCGCCUCCACCCUCUCCAACCCGUUCCUGACGCCCAGCACGCUGAGCUGCGCGUCCAGCGUGCUCGAGGACCCGGAGCUCGCCCUGCGGCCGGACCCUGGCACCGAGGCCGACUUCGACGCGCCCCCCGGCGGCAACCCCUUCGCCUUCUCGCCCGGCCAGCUCAACAAGCUGCUCAACCCCAAGUCACUCUCCGCCUUUCAGGCGCUCGGAGGGCUGGACGGCAUCGCGCGCGGCCUGCGGACGGACGUCAAGGCCGGCCUGAGCCUGGACGAGACGGGCAUCGCGGCGCCCAUCUCCUUUCACGAGGCGGUGGGCAAGCCGGCACUCAAGCCCGGACAGUCAGCGCCACCAACUUCUGCGUCGGAGGAGCCGUUUGGUGACCGCGUCCGCGUCUUCAAGCGCAACGUGCUGCCGGCGAAGAAGGCCACCCCCCUGUGGCGGCUCAUGUGGAACGCGUACAACGACAAGGUGCUGAUCCUGCUGACCGUCGCGGCGGUCAUCUCGCUCGGCCUGGGCCUGUACGAGACGCUCGGCGUGGACCACCCGGACGGCGCGCCGCCGCCGGUGGACUGGGUGGAGGGCGUGGCCAUCUGCGUGGCCAUUGUCAUCGUCACCGUCGUCGGCUCGCUCAACGACUGGCAGAAGGAGAAGGCGUUUGUGAAGCUCAACGCGCGCAAGGACGACCGCGAGAUCAAGGUGGUGCGGUCGGGCCGGUCCUUUGUGAUUAACGUCCGUGACAUCCUGGUUGGUGACGUGCUGCACCUGGAGCCGGGCGAUCUGGUGCCGGUGGAUGGCAUCUUUAUCGAGGGCCACGAUGUCAAGUGCGACGAGUCCUCGGCGACGGGCGAGUCGGACGCGCUGAGGAAGACGGCAGGUGCAGAGGUGUUUCGGGCCAUCGAGGCGGGCCAGACCAAGAAGGACCUCGACCCGUUCAUCAUCUCUGGUGCCAAGGUUCUUGAAGGCAUGGGCACGUUUGUAUGCACGUCCGUCGGAGUCAAUAGCAGCUUCGGCAAGAUCAUGAUGUCCGUCCGCACCGAGACCGAAGCUACACCACUGCAAAAGAAGCUCGAGAAGCUGGCCGUGGCCAUUGCCAAGCUCGGCAGUGCCGCUGCCGGGUUACUCUUUGUCAUUCUUCUGAUCCGCUUCCUCGCCGGCCUCCCCAAUGACUUUCGCGAUCCUACGACAAAAGCGUCUGCCUUUAUGGACAUUCUCAUUGUCGCCAUCACCAUCAUUGUCGUCGCAGUGCCUGAAGGCUUGCCGCUGGCCGUCACGCUCGCUCUGGCAUUUGCAACCACGAGGUUGCUACGGGAAAACAACCUGGUCAGAGUCCUGAGAGCAUGCGAGACCAUGGGCAAUGCUACUACUAUUUGCUCGGACAAGACUGGUACCUUGACGACAAACAAGAUGACAGUAGUCGCCGGCACGUUUGGCUCAACCAGCUUUGCCAAGAGCACCGAGACCGAAAAGCCCAACGAGCAGACGGUCAGCCAAUGGGCCGGCGCCCUCCCGCAGGCGACCAAGGACAUGAUCGUGCAGUCCGUCGCCAUCAACUCCACCGCCUUCGAAGGCGAGGAGGACGGCCGCGCCGUCUUCAUCGGCUCCAAGACGGAGACGGCCCUGCUGCAGCUCGCCCGCGACCAUCUCGGCCUCGGGUCCCUCCGCGAGACCCGCGCCAACGCGCAGGUCGUGCAGAUGAUGCCCUUCGACUCGGCCAAGAAGUGCAUGGCCGCCGUCAUCCGCACCGACGCCGGCGCCUACCGCCUGCUCGUCAAGGGCGCCUCCGAGAUCCUGCUCCGGUGCUGCUCCGAGACGCUCGACCCGCGCGGGCCGCUCACCAAGUUGCGUGCUCGGGAGCUGCGCGCCGUUAUCGACAAGUACGCCGGCGCCUCGCUGCGCACCAUCGGUCUGGUGUACCGGGAUUUCCCCGCGUGGCCGCCCGCACACGCGGAGCUCAGUGAUGAGGGCGAGGUGCGGCUGGCCUCGCUUCUGCGCGACCUCGUGCUCGUUGGCGUCAUCGGCAUCCAGGACCCCGUGCGGCCGGGCGUCCCGGAAGCGGUCCAAAAGGCGCGGCACGCGGGCGUCGUGGUGCGCAUGGUCACCGGCGACAACGUCAUCACCGCCCGAGCCAUCGCCACCGAGUGCGGCAUCAUCACCUCCACGGACGGCAGCGGCGACGGGGUGGUCAUGGAGGGGCCCCGGUUCCGCAAGCUCUCCGAGGACGAGAUGGCCUCGGUGCUCCCGCGGCUGCGCGUGCUCGCGCGCUCCUCCCCGGAGGACAAGCGCGUGCUGGUGAGCCGUCUCAAGGCGCUCGGGGAGACGGUGGCGGUGACCGGCGACGGGACCAACGACGCGCCGGCGCUCAAGGCGGCGGACGUGGGCUUCUCGAUGGGCGUGUCCGGCACGGAGGUGGCCAAGGAGGCGUCGGCGAUUGUGCUGAUGGACGACAACUUUGCGUCCAUCAUCACGGCGCUGAAAUGGGGCCGCGCCGUCAACGACGCGGUGCAAAAGUUCUUGCAGUUCCAGAUCACGGUCAACAUCACGGCGGUGCUGCUGGCGUUCAUCACGGCGCUGUACAGCAGCGAGAUGAAGCCGGUGCUGCGCGCGGUGCAGCUUCUCUGGGUCAACCUCAUCAUGGACACAUUUGCGGCACUGGCCCUGGCCACGGAUCCGCCGGAUGAUAAGAUUUUGAACCGGCAGCCGCAGGGGAAGAAGGCGCCUUUGAUUACUGUCAAUAUGUGGAAAAUGAUCAUCGGCCAGGCCAUCUUCCAGCUCGUGGUCACCCUCGUCCUCUACUUCGCCGGCCCCCGGAUCCUCCGCUACGACGCCGCCCAGGCCGUCGAGCUCGACACCAUCAUCUUCAAUACCUUUGUCUGGAUGCAAAUCUUCAACAUGUUCAACAACCGCCGCCUCGACAACCGCUUCAACGUCCUCGAGGGACUGCACCGCAACUACUUCUUCAUCUUCAUCUGCCUCCUCAUGGUCGGCCUGCAGGUCACCAUCGUCUUCUUCGGCUCCCGCGCCUUCGGCAUCGCCGGUGACGGCCUCGACGCCGUCCAGUGGGCCAUCUGCGUCCUCGUCGCCGCCGCGAGCCUGCCCUGGGGCGUGGUCGUCCGCCUCGUCCCGGACGCCUGGUUCGCCGGGGUUGCCGGGGUCGCCGGCCGGCCGGUCGCGGCGCUGUACCGGGCGGUCGGUCGCGGCUUCGGUAGGCUGUUCGGGCUGUUCCGAAGAAAGGGGAAGAAGAGUGAAGAGGACGCGGCUCCGGCGCGAGAUGUCGAGGAAGCGGCCGCUCCAGAGGUCACCGUGCAAGAGCCAGUGGUCACGCCCCCUGCGAUUGUGAUUUGCGAGACACCGCAAGUCCAUAUUACGGAGCCGGAAGCUGAUGAGAAACGACAGAAAUGA